AUGGAGACCGUCCUCAUAGUCGGGGCGACGGGCAACAUCGGCGUGUCGACGGCCAUCGCGGCGCUGCGCACCAAGCGCAACGUGCUGGCCGUCGUGCGCAGCGAGGCCUCGGCCGAGAAGCUGUUCAAGCACGUCGGCACCCGCGACGGCAUCACCACGGUCCAGGCCGACGUCACCUCGGACCAGGGCGUGCAGGGCGUCGUCGACCAGGUCAGGGCCGGCAAGCUGCCCGCCUUCCAGCAUGUGUACUCGUGUGUUGGCGGCGACUAUGUCAACACGCCUCUGACCAAGAUCUCUACCGAAUAUCUACGCCAGCAAAUGAAUAGGAGUUUCGAGACGAAUUUUUUCGCCUACCGGGCGACGCUCCCCUACCUGCUCGAGCAGAACAACCCCAACAGCACGUGGACGCUGUGCACGGGGGCGCAGGGCGACAUGGGCAACUUCGCCAUGCCGGCCAUGACGCAGGGCGCCCUGUUCAGCAUGGCGGCGGCGGCGGCGGUCGAGACCAAGGGCACCAACGUGCGGUUCAACGAGGUCUACCUGGCGUUCCGCGUCGAGGUCGACGAGGACGCCGCGCAGCACGACUACGCCUCGCGCGCCUCCGACUUUGCCGCCGUCUACGAGGGCCUGCUGGCCCGGCCCGACAUCCAGGGCGCCCGGGUCAAUGUCUUCAGCGAGGCCGAUUUCAAGGAGUUCAAGGUUGUGCAGAAGGGGUUGAACUUGGGAGGGGAAGACAGUUCCAAAGUGAGCUACCAACGAAGCUAG